AUGUCUAUCACUCACAUCGUCCUCUUCCAAUUUAAAGCUGGGAUUGACCCCCAAAGAAUAAUUGACGUGUGCGACCGUAUGCUCGCAUUAAAAGACACUUGUCUUCAUCCAUCAUCUCAAAUGCCUUAUAUAAAAGCAUCUACGGGUGGUGUCGAUAACUCUCCUGAAGAAGCACAGGAUGGUAUCACCCAUGGAUUCGUUGUCGAAUUUGAAAACGCGGCAGACCGAGAUUACUACGUCCAUAGAGAUCCAGUGCACCGCGCCUUUGUUGAUAGUCUAACCGGACUCCUCGAAAAAGCACAGGUUAUUGACUACACACCAGGAGUUUUUUAAAUUGAGCAAAUUCAAGUU